AUGCUAUCGCACGCCGACCUCCUGGAUGCUCGCCUCGGGAUGAAGGAUGCCGCGGCGGAGCUACUAGGGCACAGGGAGGCAUUGAAGUGUAGACUGGGAGCCGGCGGAUCGGACCCAGGGCAUUCUGGCGAUCUAGCCCCGGGUUCCGACGCUGUUGAAGGGGCCACUCUUCUACCAGGAGACGAUAUCAACAAUGCUGGAUCCAAUGCUCCUGGCGUGCAGGUCAACACGAAAGACCAGGAAAAACAACAGCAGCAGAAUCCCAACCAGUCGAGUGGGCAACAAAGCCAGAAACAGAAGCGGCACCGGACCCGUUUUACUCCGGCCCAGUUAAACGAAUUGGAGAGAAGCUUUGCUAAAACCCAUUACCCAGAUAUCUUCAUGAGGGAAGAACUGGCUCUGAGGAUCGGUCUAACAGAAUCACGUGUGCAGGUCUGGUUUCAGAACCGACGUGCCAAAUGGAAGAAGCGCAAGAAGACCACUAACGUCUUCCGAGCCCCGGGUACGCUCCUGCCUACUCAUCACGGCCUGCCACAGUUCCCCUCCGCCGCCGCAGCCGCAGCCGCCAUGGGCGACAGUCUCUGCUCUUUUCAUGCCAACGAUACCCGCUGGGCCGCGGCAGGGAUGCCCGGCGUUUCGCAGCUGCAACUGCCGCCCGCUUUAGGCCGGCAGCAGGCUAUGGCCCAGUCGCUGUCCCAGUGCAGCCUUGGAGCUGGGCCACCUCCCAACUCGAUGAGCCUUUCCAACAUGUCCUCUAACGGCUCCGGGCUCCAGUCACACCUCUACCAGCCCACUUUUCCUGGUAUGGUGCCCGCAUCCCUCUCCGGUCCAACUAACGUGACCGGCUCACCCCAGCUCUGUAGUUCUCCGGACAGUGACGUCUGGAGAGGGACCAGCAUCGCCUCACUGCGCCGCAAAGCGCUGGAGCACACAGUCUCCAUGAGUUUCACCUAA